AUGGUCACUUCAACGCCUACAAUCUCGAGACAACGCCCGGGCUCGGCCUGUGAGGAGUGUCGACGGCGAAAAGUACGUUGUGACCGUCGUCGGCCGCAGUGUCAGGUGUGCUUCGAGACAGGCAUCGAGUGCAAAAUCAAUACCACCAGACUGCCUCGGGGACCUCGCAAGGGCCAGCUGCGCACGCUGCGGACCCGAAUCGCUGCCCUGGAACGCUGCCUCGCCGAUCAACAUCCCGAGAUCAAUCAUCAGAUGGCGAGCCUCUUUGACGGUACCAUGCUCGACUGUGACUCGGAGGAGGAUCCCUUUCGGGAUCUUUCAUCGCUGCCGGAUGCGAUCCCCGUCGCGGUGCCCUCGUCCACUCUCCCAGACCCGGGUUUGGCCACGCUGCAAUCCCCGCGGACACCCGAGUCCUUACCCCGGACAACGGGCUUGGUCUCGGACCUGAUGCGAGCUGAACUGGACCAGCUCUACUUUGAUCGAGUCCACCCAUGUGUUCCUAUUCUACAGCGCUGGCGCUAUCACGUUUGGGCUCGACAACCGAAGAAGACGGAUAGUCAGGUUGGUCUGCAAUACGCCAUGUGGACAGUCGCAGCCGCUCUUUCCGCCCAAUUUCAGGCUUUGCGCGAUCGACUCUAUACCGAGACGCGGCGAAUCCUGGAUUCUCCCGAUCGGCCAGAGAGUAUCACCAUGGUGGCAGGGCUGGAACAAGCGCAGGCGUGGAUUCUCAUCGGAAUUUACGAAUAUAUGCAACGCUCCCCGCUGCAAGCAUGGAUGAGCAUCGGUAGAAGCUGCCGCCUGGUCCUUGGCAUGCGGUUAUAUGAGCUGGACGACCCGAUCAAUCCGGUUGCUAUGGCUCGGGAACAGGAAGCUCUCCUGGUGGACUGGGUUGGUCUGGAGGAGCAGCGGCGGACGUUCUGGAUGGCGUAUUCGCUGGAUCGGUUGAUCAGUUUUCACCACGGGUUGCCUUUUACCCUGCAGGAGCAUGUGAUCACCACCCGGCUUCCCAGCCCGGAAGAAGAAUUCCAGUCAGGGCAACCAACCCUAACGGCGUAUCUACGAGAUCUCAUGAGCCCCCAUCCACAGCACCCGCCAUCGGUGCAUCCUUACUCACAUCCCGAUCCUAACGGUCAUGCUCAGCCGCGCCCUCACAUCUACAUGAAUCCGCAUUCCCCGACGUCGCCCCCUCACCUGACCCUGGGCUUUCCGUCCGGGGCCCCUCCGACCAACCCUACAGCAACCCCCGUCCUGAAUCUAGAGCUCACCCAGGUCACCCUCUCGAAUUUCACAGAGUUCAUCCUGUUAGCCACCGUCGUUGGGCGUAUCAUUUCGCACCGCGAAUCCCUGGCUAUGGAGCAGAAUCUGCAGCCGUUCAACCCGCCGCUUUCUCCCACAAGUCCGCACACCCCGAUCCCAAACUCCCUCGAUGUUUUCUGGACUCGCCAUCAGGCUCUGCAUGGCCUCCUCAACACCCGGAUGCAGUCCCUGGCAUCGAAUCCCCAAGCCCUGGACGACCCCUUGCUCCUGUUCUCCCGCAUUGUCGCGCAGAGCAUGGUCUUGUUCCUGCACAGCGUGCUCGAGUCCGUCGCCUGGAGAUCGGGUGGGGACCAGCUACUGGGCAUCAUUGAGUAUGAGCGGCUGUGUGUUCUGGCCGCGCACGAGGUUGUAGGAUUGGUGAAAAUGCAGGGUCAGUUGGGAUAUUUCAAGGUUCACCCUCUCGCACCCAUACCCCUUAUGAUGUGCACUGAAUUUCUCACCGCCCAUGCAUAUCUUGAUCCUUCGUUCGAGGUCAUGUUGCAUGAGCUGCUGGAGUGCUUUGGAGAUUUAGAGAGAGUGAAGAAUCCCGUGCAGAGCCCGGCCUCGUCGGGAGUAUGA